UUCAAGCUGAGGCUCUCCGUUGAAUUUGUUGACGUUUUUUUUCGCAGGAGGAGCUCCUGUUUGUUGCCGCUCCUCCUCCGACACGAGCCGGGAGGAGCAGGAGGAGGUGAGGAAGAAGACGAGGAGGAGGAGAGCCGCUUGCUGUGUUUAGGAGGAAGAGGAAGAGGAAGGGGAGGACAUUGCAAUCUUUUCUGUGACUCAUCGUUUGGACAUAAAGCAUCCAUUUAGCCCUCCCACUCUACCCAGGGAUAUUAAUGUAUCAUUCUUAGUUUUCAUUUGCACACCAAUGGGAUGUUUUCCUGCCAAAGGCGACAUGCGGUCCAGUGAGCGGCAUGUUGUGGGCUGCACGCCGCUCAGUGCGCACUGAAAGGCGGCUGCAGCGGUGGCGACACCCCGGCCUCUGUCAUCCGCGACCCGCGGGACCGUACCCUACUUUUAUCGCGAUUUUGGAUCCCCAUCGUCCCUCGGUGCAGGGGCGUGGGGUCCUGUCACCCGGCCUGCGUCAUCAACAAACUCAAAAGUCCAUGUGCACAACUCCAACCUUCCUCUUGUGAUCAAGAUGGAGAGCGAGAGGAAGAGGAGGAAGUACUCCACCAGCAGCAACGACUCUGACACCACAGACAGUCAGGUGACCUCGUGGUCCAGGUGGUCUAAGAACAUGAACACCAGCAUCACGUGGGUCCGACACCAGCACAAGAAACCAUCAGAGGUGUUUCGGACCGACUUCAUCACGGCCAUGAAGCUGCCCGACUCGGCCCAGCUCGGCCCGGACGACUUCUACGUGCUGUCGGACCCUUGGAGGCAAGAGUGGGAGAAGGGGGUGCAGGUGCCCGCCAACAUGGAGGCCAACCCGCAGCCUGUGGUCCGGCUACUGCCAGAGUCGACAGCUGUGCUCACCCCCUCGCCCCGGCCUGCGCCAGGCCCACUGUACAGCUGCUACGACCUGGACGACACCGACGUGUCCUGGCUGGACCUCGCCAACCAAGAGUUCAGUCACAUGGCCCAACCAGAGCUGGACGAGCUGACGAUGGAGGUGGUCCUGGUGGAGUUUGAGCGCGUGUGCGAGGAGAAGAUGCAGCAGGCCAUUGAGGCAGAGGAGGGUCUCGGCAUCGAGUACGACGAGGACGUGGUGUGCGAUGUGUGCCGUUCGCCCGAGGGCGAGGACGGUAACGAGAUGGUCUUCUGUGACAAGUGCAACGUCUGCGUGCAUCAGGCAUGUUACGGCAUCCUGAAGGUGCCGCAGGGCAACUGGUUGUGUCGGAUGUGCGCCCUUGGCGUCCAGCCCAAGUGUCUGCUGUGCCCCAAGAGAGGCGGCGCCCUCAAGCCCACCCGCAGUGGAACCAAGUGGGUCCACGUCAGCUGUGCCUUAUGGAUCCCUGAGGUGAGUAUAGGAUGUCCAGAGAAGAUGGAGCCUAUCACCAAGGUCUCCCACAUCCCCGCCAGUCGGUGGGCUCUGUCCUGCAGCUUGUGUGGCGAGCACACAGGAACCUGCAUACAGUGUUCCAUGCCCUUGUGUGUCGUGGCCUUCCACGUGACCUGCGCCUUCGACCACGGUCUGGAGAUGAGGACCAUCCUGGCCGACAACGACGAAGUCCGCUUCAAGUCCUUCUGUCUGGAGCACAGCGGCACCUGCGCCUCCAACGGAGCGGCGACCCGACCCGACCGGCCGUCCGAGCUCGUGUCGCCGGCGCAUCCGGUCUCGGCGUCAGAGAAAGCUGAGCGAGACCAGCUGGAGAGGGACAAGGUGAGCCAGAGGAAGCAGAAGCUCCAGGAGCUGGAGGACGAGUUCUACCAACUGGUGGACCCCGCCGAGGUGGCCGAGAACCUGGCAGUGCCAUUCACGCAGGUGGACUUCCUCUACCAGUUCUGGAAGCUGAAGAGGAAGGCCAACUUCAACCAGCCUCUCGUGAGCUUAAAGAGGGAUGAGGUGGACGACCCGGCCCAGCAGGAGCAGGACGUCCUCUACAGGCGCCUUAAACUCUUCACGCACCUCCGACAAGACCUGGAGAGGGUGCGUAACCUGUGCUACAUGGUGACCAGGAGGGAGAAGAUGAAGCUGAGCUUGUGUGAUCUGCAGGAGAAGAUCUUCCACCUGCAGAUCCAGCUGCUGGAAGAGGAUCUGGUUGGAGAUUUGUCCAAGUCCUUCCCGUUGGACAACUCGUUGUUUGACAGCUGGCUGGCCCAGUCGGUGAAGAUCACAGCGGACGACGUGCUCAGCAAGUGGACUCUGGCUUCCCAGCAUCGCGACAAACAUGGCCGCCUGCUCGCCGACCAGCUCCUUCAGGGCGAAAAGAACCUCUUGAAUCUCAUGAUGGAAAAGUCCCUGGAGUCCACUUGGAAAACCCCUCAGCUGGGUCGUAAAUCCCGAGGGAGCUGCAAGCCUCGUGCUCGUGGACUCCCGCUGUCCUCCGGCACCACGCCACACAGCACGCUUUUGUGCACCAGGUCUGCAUCCAGUGCGUCCGCCGCGAAGAAACUGUUGCUUGGCAAAGUGGAGGAAAAGCCAGGAGGUCAGGUGGUGCACAAGGGGGAGAGAUCCAGAGGUUCCUCCAGGGUCCUACACCACCACCACCUUCAUCACCACCAGACCAGGAGUUCUGACCUUCACAGGGACCCGGCACUGCAGCCGCCCAUUUCCAAAAUGGACUCUUGUCACAUCUCGGAGGACCACGGUCCGUGGGAGAGCAACAGUGACGCGUCAUCUCCGAUGUCAUGCUCCACGCCGCGGCUCCGCCUGUCCCGUCAGGUUAAAUCCAGAAUGCGGAACGUCGGGGGACCGGGACCUACUGCUAAGGACUUGUCCUUACUGGACCCUGCCGAAACGAACGGCUACUUUUCUGACGGAAAGCAGAGCGGCCGCAAACUCCGCUUGGCACAGUUGCAUUCCGCCAACGAGGACCUGCUGAGGCGGAGCGUGAUGGCGUCCUAAAUAGGAACAGCAGACUUGUUCUUUUACUAGCGUUUUGACUCCACCUGUGCCCUGUCCAGCAUCCCUGCAGCUGAUUGGCUUCCUAGGAGUAUUUGAAUGUAGCUACUAGCGUACCGGCUAAUACAGGAAACAGACUUUCAUCCUAAGUCUCAAGUUUCCGAACGUUUUGAGUCCACCACCAAGAAACACUUUGGGGCAUUGUUGUAAAUAUUCCUACGGAGAUGCUUUCAGGGUCCAAUUGAACAGCAAGUGGUGUCGGAAAGCACAACUAUCUAGCAAGUAGCGUUAGCACUGGCUGCUUUGUAGUUUGUGAUUAGAAAUGGAAAAUCUUAAACCCCCCCCCCGGAAAAGAAUUCUGAUGAUUUAAAAAAAAUCUUCUGCCUAAAAAAAUAAUAUCAAACUGUGCCUUCUCGCACCCCCCCAACCCUGCGGCCCCACCGCAAUCAAAUGGCCGUCAGCAAAUUUGUAACAAUCAAAGCCAGAGAACGGCCUCGGCUCUAACGAAUGUCGCCGCCAGCAGGCUCAUGUGGACCUUAAUGAAUUAUUGCAGAGUGCCUAAACAGAUGUAGGAGCAGCUUUGCCAUCAAUCAAGUCUCUUAUCAGCGCAAAGAGCUUUCCUUUCAAGCCCCAAACCUCCCCCCGUCCAUCAGAUAAGCCGGAUCGGAUUGAUCCAUCAGGCUUGCCGGGUUGGUCCAUGGAUUGGUCCAUCGGGCAUGCCGAAGGGGACCCUUUUUGGUCCAUGGAUUGGUCAAUCGGGCAUGCCAGGUGGGACCCUUUCUGGGAAUGCCGGGUUAGUCCAUGGAUUGGUCCAACGGGCAUGCUGGGUUGGUCCAACAGGCAUGCCGGGUGAGACUCUUGGAGAUGCCAGAUUGGUCCAAUGGGGAUGCCGGGUGGGACUCUCUGAGUAUGCCGGGUUGGUACAAUGGGCAUGCAGGGUUGGUCCAACAGGCAUGCUGGGUGAGCCUCUUUGAGCAUGCCAGGUUGGUCCAACAGGCAUGCAGGGUUGGUCCAACAGGCAUGCUGGGUGGGUACAAUGGGCAUGCAGGGUUGGUCAAACAGGCAUGCUGGUUGGGACUCUUUGAGCAUGCCAGAUUGGGCCAACAGGCAUGCCGGGUAGUACUCUUUGAGCAUGCCGGGUUGGUCCAAUGGGCAUGCAGGGUUGGUCUAACAGGCAUGCCGGGUGGGACUCUUGGAGCAUGCCAAGUUGGUCCAUCGGGCAUGCUGGGUAGGACCCUUUGGACAUGCCAGAUUGGUCUAACGGGCAUGCCGGGUGGGACUCUCUGAGCAUGCCGGGUUGGUCCAACAGGCCUUCUAGGUAGGACCCUUUAGACAUGCCAGAUUGGUCCAACAGGCAUGCUGGGUUGGUCCAACAGGCAUUCUAGGUAGGACCCUUUAGACAUGCCAGAUUGGUCCAACAGGCAUGCUGGGUUGGUCCAACAGGCAUGCUGGGUGGGACUCUUUGGACAUGCCAGAUUGGUCCAAUGGGCAUGCCGGGUUGGUCCAAUGGGCAUGCCGGGUUGGUCCAACAGGCAUGCCGGGUAGGACUCUUUGAGCAUGCCGGGUUGGUCCAAGGGGCAUGCAGGGUGGGUUCACCAGGCAUGCCGGGUGGGACUCUUGGAGCAUGCCAAGUUGGUCCAUCGGGCAUGCUGGGUAGGACCCUUUGAACAUGCCAGAUUGGUCCAACGGGCAUGCCGGGUGGGACUCUCUGAGCAUGCCGGGUUGGUACAACGGGCAUGCAGCGUUGGUCCAACAGGCAUGCUGGGUUGGUCCAACUGGCAUGCUGGGUUGGUCCAACAGGCAUGCUAGGUAAGACCCUUUGGACAUGCCAGAUUGGUCCAACGGGCAUGCUGGGUAGGACCCUUUGGACAUGCCAGGUUGGUCCAACAGGCAUGCUGGGCGGGACUCUUUGAGCAUGCCAGGUUGGUCCAACGGGCAUGCUGAAUUGGUCCGUUUUGGCAUGCCAUGUGGGACUCUUUGAGCAUGCCCGGUUAGUCCAUCGAAAAUGCCGGAUUAGUCUAUCGGACUUUUGUUGUAACUCGGCGACACGUUACGUCGUUAAAAUAAAAUAAGAUAUUUGCUGUUUUUGUGCAGAAGGCGUUCUGUGCUUAUCUCAGGGUUUAAAACAACUUUUAGAAAACGGUUUAAAAAAAAAUGUAUGGACUUUAAAAAGCUACAUUUUAUUUUGUGUAUAAAACUAAAUCAACACUUUUGUUUUUUAAUUGUAACUAAGAUUGUUGCUUACGGUAUAUAUAAAUAUAAAGAUGGUGACGCGUGUAUGUCGACAAACUUCCAUAUUGGACGAGCUCCGCGGCAACUACUGACUGGGCGCCUUCCUUCUUUUGGUCACAUGAUUGCUUUGGACCAAUCAGCUGAGAGCGAGGUCACGUGACCGCCCUCAUCGCGAGCGCAACUGAGCUGCAAGUGAAGCAUCGGCAACGGUGAUGUUUUAGAUGUCGUGUUAUGAGGCAGUCUACUUCCUGGUUCAUUGUUGCUACGCUAACGGGCUAACUCCGACACAUUUGCUGCUAAAGUCAACACACACAACACACACACAACACGCACACACAGCAGGUUUGGUGUAACAGGGUUUGACGCCAUCGUAUGCGCUCCUUACAGGUUGUUAUCUUUGCUGGUCCUUUCGUGGCUCGCCAGCGCCACCACUGGUAGGAAUUGGGAAACCGUCAACAUUUUCAGUGUUCUUCUUAGUAGCCUGACUGUCGGUGAUGACAUGACAGACACGUGGUAGCGAGGCCGCAAAACGUGGUUGGGGCUAAACACAGGUCCAUAGCAAGCUAAGGCGCUAGCUAACUCAUGAGCUAGCUAGCCCGCAAAACGUGGGCGGGGCUAAACAAAGGUCCAUAGCAAGCUAAGUCGCGAGCUAACGCACGAGCUAGCUAGCUAACGCAUGAGCUAGCUAGCUAACUCGCGAGCUAACUCGCGAGCUAGCUAGCAAGCGGCUCAAUGUGAAGCCACGUUUACCUACCAUGUACUUCCUUGGUAGUGUACACAAAUUUACUUCCAUGGUAGUGUACACAAAAGUACUUCCUUGGUAGUGUACACAAAUUUACUUCCAUGGUAGUGUACACAAAUUUACUUCCUUGGUAGUGUACACUAAUGUAUUUCCAUGGUAGUGUACACAAGUACUUCCAUGGUAGUGUACACAAAUGUAUUUCCUUGGUAGUGUACACAAAUUUACUUCCAUGGUAGUGUACACAAACGUACUUACAUGGUAGUGUACACAAAUGGACUUCCAUGGUAGUGUACACAAAUGUACUUCCUUGGUAGUGUACACACAUUUUCUUCCAUGGUAGUGUACACAAAUGUAAUUCCUUGGUAGUGUACACAAAUUUUCUUCCAUGGUAGUGUACACAAAAGUACUUCCAUUGUAGUGUACACAAAUUUACUUCCAUGGUAGUGUACACAAAUGUAAUUUCUUGGUAGUGUACACAAAUUUUCUUCCAUGGUAGUGUACACAAAUGUAAUUCCUUGGUAGUGAACACAAAUUUUCUUCCAUGGUAGUGUACACAAAAGUACUUCCAUGGUAGUGUACACAAAUGUACUUCCUUGGUAGUGUACACAAAUUUACUUCCAUGGUAGUGUACACAAAAGUACUUCCUUGGUAGUGUACACAAAUUUACUUCCAUGGUAGUGUACACAAAUGUACUUCCUUGGUAGUGUACACAAACGUACUUACAUGGUAGUGUACACAAAUGGACUUCCAUGGUAGUGUACACAAAUGUACUUCCUUGGUAGUGUACACAAAUUUUCUUCCAUGGUAGUGUACACAAAUGUAAUUCCUUGGUAGUGUACACAAAUUUUCUUCCAUGGUAGUGUACACAAAAGUACUUCCAUGGUAGUGUACACAAAUUUACUUCCAUGGUAGUGUACACAAAUGUACUUCCUUGGUAGUGUACACAAAUGUAUUUCCAUGGUAGUGUACACAAGUACUUCCAUGGUAGUGUACACAAAUGUAUUUCCUUGGUAGUGUACACAAAUGUACUUCCAUGGUAGUGUCCACGAGUACUUCAAUGGUAGUGUACACAAAUGUACUUCCAUGGUAGUGUACACAAGUGUACCUCUGUAUAGUGUACACAAAAAAUACUUCUAAGGGAGUGUACACAAUAAUACUUCUAUGGGAGUGUACCGGUACACAAAUGUACUUCCAUAGUAGUGUACACAAUAUACUUGUAUAGUAGUGUACAUGAAUACAUUUCUAAAGUUUUGUAGACUACUACAGUAUACUUCCAUAGUAGUGUACACAAAUAAACAUUUAUAGUACUGUACACUACUAUAAUAUCCUGUACUUCUAUAGUAGUGUACACAAACUUAUGUAGUACUGUACACUACUAUAGAAGUAGAUUUGUGUACAUUACUACAAUAUACUGUACUUUUAUAGUAGUGUACACAAAUAACAUUUAUAGUACUGUACACUCCUAUGGAAGUACAUUUGUGUACACUACUAUAAUAUCCUGUACUUAUAUAGUAAUGUACACAAACUUCUGUAGUACUGCACACUACUAUAGAAGUAGAUUUCUGUACAUUACUACGAUAUACUGUACUUUUAUAGUAGUGUACACAAAUAUACUUCUAUAGUAGUGUACACAAACUUCUGUAGUACUGCACACUACUAUAGAAGUAGAUUUGUGUACAUUACGACAAUAUACUGUACUUUUAUAGUAGUGUACUCUCUGGAAGUACAUUUGUGUACACUACUAUAACAUCCCAUACUUGUAUAUUAAUGUACACAAACUUCUGUAAUACUGCACACUACUAUAGAAGUAGAUUUGUGUACAUUAUGACAAUAUACUGUACUUUUAUAGUAGUGUACACAAAUAUACUUCUAUAGUAGUGUACACAAACUUCUGUAGUACAGUACACUACUAUAGAAGUAGAUUUGUGUACAUUACGACAAUAUACUGUACUUUUAUAGUAGUGUACACAACUAUACUUCUAUAGUAGUGUACACAAAUAUACUUCUAUAGUAGUGUACACAAAUUUCUGUAGUACAGUACACUACUAUAGAAGUAGAUUUGUGUACAUUACUACAAUAUCCUGUACUUAUAUAGUAAUGUACACAAACUUCUGUAGUACUGUACACUAUUAUAGAAGUAGAUGUGUGUACAUUACGACAAUAUACUGUACUUUUAUAGUGGUGUACACAAAUAUACUUCUAUAGUAGUGUACACAAACUUCUGUAGUACUGUACACUACUAUAGGAGUAGAUUUGUGUACAUUACUACAAUAUACUGUACUUUAUAGUAGUGUACACAAAUAUAAUUCCAUAGUAGUGUACACAAACUUCUGUAGUACAGUACACUACUAUAGAAGUAGAUUUGUGUACAUUACGACAAUAUACUGUACUUUUAUAGUAGUGUACACAAAUAUACUUCUAUAGUAGUGUACACACAUUUCUGUAGUACAGUACACUACUAUAGGAGUAGAUUUUUGUACAUUACUACAAUAUCCUGUACUUAUAUAGUAAUGUACACAAACUUCUGUAGUACUGUACACUACUAUAGGAGUAGAUUUGUGUACAUUACGACAAUAUACUGUACUUUUAUAGUAGUGUACACAAAUAUACUUCUAUAGUAGUGUACACAAAUAUACUUCUAUAGUAGUGUACACAAAUUUCUGUAGUACAGUACACUACUAUAGAAGUAGAUUUGUGUACAUUACUACAAUAUCCUGUACUUAUAUAGUAAUGUACACAAACUUCUGUAGUACUGUACACUACUAUAGAAGUAGAUUUGUGUACAUUACGACAAUAUACUGUGCUUUUAUAGUGGUGUACACAAAUAUACUUCUAUAGUAGUGUACACAAACUUCUGUAGUACUAUACACUACUAUAGGAGUAGAUUUGUGUACAUUACUACAAUGUACUGUACUUUUAUAGUAGUGUACACAAAUAUAAUUCCAUAGUAGUGUACACAAACUUCUGUAGUACAGUACACUACUAUAGAAGUAGAUUUGUGUACAUUACGACAAUAUACUGUACUUUUAUAGUAGUGUACACAAAUAUACUUCUAUAGUAGUGUACACAAAUUUCUGUAGUACAGUACACUACUAUAGAAGUAGAUUUGUGUACAUUACUACAAUAUCCUGUACUUAUAUAGUAAUGUACACAAACUUCUGUAGUACUGCACACUACUAUAGGAGUAGAUUUGUGUACAUUACGACAAUAUACUGUACUUUUAUAGUAGUGUACACAAAUAUACUUCUAUAGUAGUGUACACAAAUAUACUUCUAUAGUAGUGUACACAAUAAUACUUCUAUAAUGGCUAUUUACAGUGAGGCUUCAAUGCCCUCUCCUACCUUCCUUGUAUCCUUCCUUCCUUUCUUCCUCAGCUUCCUUAGUCCUAGACAGGAGUCUGGGCAAGUGUGUCAAGUAGAUGCUAAAAGUUUGCUGUGUCGUGCGCUACUUUUGACCUUCUUGUGUCGGAUUGACUGACAACUUGCAUCGUUUACUUUGUCUGUAAGAAAUGACUGGCAAUCAUGGCUGGUCAUGUGACCGACAUGGCUGGUCAUGUGACCGACAUGGCUGGUCAUGUGACCUCCAACAAUAUUGUAAUAAUCAAUCAAUGAUAUAUUCUGUAAAAACACAUUGGCAGACUGUCAUGUGCAUGCCAGAGCAGCAGGUGGCAGUAACACUUUAUUACAACAGUAUGAGUAGUUUUCUUUUUUAACGUUCCUUUUGUUCCGAUGCUUCCUCCUUCGCUAUCUAUGAAGUGAACAUUUCCUAACUUGUCAUUUUCCGAACCGCUAAAACGCCACAUUCACACAUUCUACGCUAUUCUGGUUCCGAUGCGUUAACACGUUUGUUAUUGUGGCUACCAUACGUAAACACGUUUACUCUUUUGGUUACGAUACGUUAACACGUUUGCGAUUCAGGUUCCGAUGUGUGAACACGUUUGCGAUUGUGGUUCCGAUGUAUUAACACGUUUGCGAUUCGGGUUCUGAUGCGUGAACACGUUUGCGAUUCUGGUUCCGAUGCGUUAACACGUUUGCUAUUCUGGUUCUGAUACGUUCACAUGCUCCCUAUUCAGGUUCCGAUGCGUUACAACACUCCCUAUUCUCAUUCCGAUGCGUUAACACGUUUACUAUUGUGGUUCCGAUGCGUUAACACUUUUGCUAUUCUGGUUCCGAUGCAUUAACACGUUUAUUAUUGUGGCUACGAGACGUUAACAAGUUUGAUAUUCUGGUUCUGAAGCGUUAACACAUUGCCGAUUCUGGUUCCAAUGGCUAUUUUGGUUCAGAUGCGUUAACACGUUUGCGAUUCUGGUUCCGAUGCGUUAACACGUUUGUUUUUGUGGCUACGAUACGUUAACACGUUUACUCUUUUGGUUACGAUACGUUAACACGUUUGCUAUUCUGGUUCCGAUGUGUUAACACGUUUGCGAUUGUGGUUCCAAUGCGUAAACAUGUUUGCGAUUCAGGUUCCGAUGCGUUAACAGUUUUGCUAUUCUGGUUCCGAUGCAUUAACACGUUUAUUAUUGUGGCUACGAGACGUAAACAAGUUUGAUAUUCUGGUUCUGAAGCGUUAACACAUUGCCGAUUCUGGUUCCAAUGGCUAUUUUGGUUCAGAUGCGUUAACACGUUUGCGAUUCUGGUUCCGAUGCGUUAACACGUUUGUUUUUGUGGCUACGAUACGUUAACACGUUUACUCUUUUGGUUACGAUACGUUAACACGUUUGCUAUUCUGGUUCCGAUGUGUUAACACGUUUGCGAUUGUGGUUCCAAUGCGUAAACAUGUUUGCGAUUCAGGUUCCGAUGUGUGAACACGUUUGCGAUUCUGGUUCAGAUGUAUUAACACGUUUGCGAUUGUGGUUCUGAUGUAUUAACACGUUUGCGAUUCUGGUUCCGAUGUAUUAACACGUUUGCGAUUCGGGUUCCGAUGCGUGAACACGCUCCCUAUUCUGGUUCUGAUACGUUAACACGUUUGCUAUUCUGGUUCUGAUGCAUGAACACGUUUGCAAUUCUGAUUCCGAUGCGUUAACACAUUUGCUAUUCUGGUUCUUAUACGUUCACACGCUCCCUAUUCUGUUUCUGAUGCGUUAACACGUUUGCUAUUCUGAUUCCGAUGCCUGAACACGUUUGCAAUUCUGAUUCCGAUGCGUUAACACGUUUGCUAUUCUGAUUCUGAUCCGUCAACACGCUCCCUAUUCUGAUUCCGAUGCGUUAACACACUCCAUAUUGUGAUUCCGAUACGUUAACACGUUUGCUAUUCUGGUUCCCAUGCGUUAACACGUUUACUAUUUUGGUCACGAUGCGUUAACAGUUUUGCUAUUCUGGUUCCGAUGCGUUAACACGCUCCCUAUUCUGGUUCCGAUGCGUUAACACGUUUGCUAUUCUGGUUCCGAUGAUGUGAACACAUUUGCGAUUCUGGUUCCGAUGCGUGAACACGUUUGCGAUUCUGGUUCCGAUGCGUUAAUACGUUUGUUAUUCUGAUUCCGAUGCGUUAACACGCUCCCUAUUCUGGUUCCGAUGCAUUAACGCGCUCCCUAUUCUGGUUCCGAUGCCUGAACACUUUUGGUAUUCUGGUUCCGAUGCGUUAACACGUUUGCGAUUCUGGUUCCGAUGCGUUAACACGUUUGCGAUUCUGGUUCCGAUGCGUUAACACGUUUGCUAUUCUGCUUCCGAUCCGUUAACACGUUAACUAUUCUGGUUCUGAUGCCUUAACACGUUAACUAUUCUGGUUCCGAUGCGUUAACACGUUAACUAUUCUGGUUCCGAUGUGUUGUUAACACGUUAACUAUUCUGGUUACGAUACGUUAACACGCUCCCUAUUCUGGUUCCGAUGCGUUAACACGUUUGCUAUUCUGAUUCCGAUGCCUGAACACGUUUGCAAUUCUGAUUCCGAUGCGUUAACACGUUUGCUAUUCUGAUUCUGAUCCGUCAACACGCUCCCUAUUCUGAUUCCGAUGCGUUUACACACUCCAUAUUGUGAUUCCGAUACGUUAACACGUUUGCUAUUCUGGUUCCCAUGCGUUAACACGUUAACUAUUCUGGUUCCGAUGUGUUGUUAACACGUUAACUAUUCUGGUUACGAUACGUUAACACGCUCCCUAUUCUGGUUCCGAUGCGUUAACAAACGUACAAUUGCCAUAGCAGAGGAUUCACAAUAGACUUGAUUUUUACCAAAUUAAAAAACCUCUAAUCUGAGGGAAAAAAUUAAACCUUGAUUGUGUUCAGACUAAAUGCAUUUCCUGUUUCACUUAAAUCUUGAUAUUAACUGAAACGUGGUUUACACCAAACAGUAGUUCGGUUUUCUUUGGUACAGCGCGUCUUUUUGGCAUUUCCACUAAAAAGACCAAAAAAGUCUAGUAUAUUCAUAAAAAAUGACAUCAUAGAAAGUGAUUGGUGUUUGGUUUCAGCAAAGUUAUUCAUAAUUUCACCGCGAACCGUCGCACUGUUUUCUGUCAGUAGGGGGCAGCAUAUCACCUGAAGGUGCCGCCCUCUACCCUCUCAUGGUUGCCUCUUGAGGCACAAAGCAGUAUUGCAAGUCACGUGUUUGUUUCUAUGUCCUGUUUUUUGUUUUGUUUUCUUCAAAUAAGAAAAACUUUACUUCCCCUCAGGAUUUAAGUGUAGUGUGUGCAGUUUCCUUGGUUAAACUUGAUUUCUGAGCACUUGUUUUCUAAGCACUUCCAAGUUUAUUUGCGUGACGUUUUCUCUUUUUUUGUCCUCAUCAGCGUCUCGCAGGCUGUCCUAAUCGUCCUGAAAUCCAAUUGAUGUUAAUAAGUUGCAAGAAUGUUAAUAGCAAAGAUGAAUAUUCAACAUAUAUGGAGAGAACAAAUACAAGAGCUAUUUUAAAUUAUUUUAGCCUUUUUAUUUUUUGCUCUAUUUAUUUUCCUGUAUUAGAAUCUUCUUUGUAGGAGACAACUUUGUAAAGAAAGUGUAUUUUUCAUUCAUAGUGCGAAAAAAAAAAAGAAGCUAUUUUCUUCCUUUUUGUACAAUUUCCACGUUUUGAAGGCAGACUUUGAAAGCAAUAUGAUGUCCGUCUUGUGACGUAUCUGCAUGCUUUGUGUUGCCUUAACCACCGCAGCGCUCCACUUUUGACCCCGCCCACCCUUCCUCAAGCCCCACCUCUUCCGGUGGCAUCCCGCCUGCUCGGGUCCAUUGGCGUCAAUAAAGCGAUGCUUUGUGUGUCUCGGCUGCCUGUUGUCUUGUCACCUUCUUCCCAGUGGUGGGCCUUCUCUGCUAACCACAAAUCAUAAUUAAAGAUAACAGUCAUUUUU